CCGCAGCUUCCGGGUGUGUUCAGCGGUGGUUUAUAUAUAUAUAUAUUGAUGCAUUGUGUUUUAUGACAGGUUAAAAGGCUUCUGGGAGUUAUAUAUUGUCAAAAUGAAUCGAAUAUUUGGUCGGGGAAAACCCAAAGCACCUCCUCCUAAUCUAUCGGACUGCAUAGGAAAUGUGGAUGCCAGGGCGGAGUCUAUGGAUCAGAAGAUCUCCCGUCUGGACGCUGAACUGAUUAAGUAUAAAGACCAAAUGAAGAAGAUGAGAGAAGGACCCUCUAAGAACAUGGUGAAGCAGAAAGCUAUGAGGGUUCUGAAGCAGAAGAGACAGUAUGAGGGCCAGAGAGACCAGCUGGCUCAGCAGUCCUUCAACAUGGAACAGGCCAACUACACUAUACAGUCCCUCAAGGAUACCAAAACUACAGUGGAGGCUAUGAAGAUUGGAGCUAAAGAGAUGAAGAGAGCUUACAAGGAUGUGAAGACUGAUCAGAUAGAAGACCUACAGGAUCAGCUGGAGGAUAUGAUGGAGGAUGCCAACGAAGUUCAGGAGUCUCUGAGUCGCAGCUACGGAACUCCUGACAUAGAUGAGGAUGACCUGGAAGCAGAGCUGGAUGCCCUAGGGGAUGAGUUGUUGCUGGAUGAUGACAGUUCCUACCUGGAUGAGGCUUCCUCUGCCCCCUCCAUCCCAGAGGGCAUACCCAACGACAGUAAAACCAACAAGGAUGGCGUUCUGGUGGAUGAGUUUGGUCUGCCACAGAUCCCUGCUACAUAAAACUACAGAUCCCUGCUACAUAAAACUACAGAUCCCUGCUACAUAAAACUACAGAUCCCUGCUACAUAAAACUACAGAUCCCUGCUACAUAAAACUACAGAUCCCUGCUACAUAAAACUACAGAUCCCUGCUACAUAAAACUACAGAUCCCUGCUACAUAAAACUACAGAUCCCGGCUACACUUUUAUAUGUAGAGUAACAUUUCUACAUUACAAUGAUCUGACCUGAGAACAGGUUACAUAACUUACUACCACUGUAUUACUAAGGUAUUGAUGCUGUUUUGGAGAUGAGUUUAUAUUGUUACCGGUAGGGUUUACAUUUAUCUAAAGCCAUCCCUUUAAACUUGGUGUACCUUUAAUUAGAAUGUUCUCAACAGACUCAGUGGAAUAUACGGAGAGAAGGUUCAGAGUAUUAGGGAUCAAUGACAGGAAGCCAUGGAAAUACAUACAUUUCUUUCAUUUCUUGUAUAUUAUUUAGGGUUAGGUAAAGUAAAAUCAGGUUUGGAGUGCCUUUACGCACUAAAUAUAUUGGUGAAUCAAAACUACAGUGGUUUGAUUCAUCCUAAAAGUUGUCAUAUUCAGUAGUUCAAUCCAUGAAGUAUUGGAAGGGGAGAAAAGUGUACAGUAGGGGUUGGCCAGUAGUCCUUUAAAACUAUCCUGAUAAUCAUCACUAAUCGUGGAACUGUGAUGACAACGGUCCAGUCGUCUUGAACCGUGCACCAGGCUCCAGGUAUCGACUGCUAUGUGUGGUCUGCGUUCCAUAAUGAUUCACGUCAUAUAGGCGAAAUGACCACGGGGGGUAGGGGACAUGCCCCCCCCCAACAUUCAGAACAGGUCAAUUCGUGUCACCCCCCCAACCCCCAAUCAUUUCUUUAAAUAAAAAAUAAAUGAUUCCAGGCAAUGUUUUUUUUUUUAAAUCGCCCUUGAUUCAAAUAGGCUACAGGUCCGAAAUUAUUGCACAACAUUAGCUUAAUAUGAUCCACUAUUGCUAGCGUCCCUCAGGAACAACCACACCAACACGACCGAGAGAAAGGUCCACUAACAAUGGAAUGGAAUGUGUCAGGAAACUAACACUAAAGAGACAGUUUUACAUGUACACUACCGGUCAAAAGUUUGGGGUCACUUAGAAAUGUCCUUGUUUUUUAGAGAAAAGCACAAUUUUGGUCCAUUAAAAUUACAUAAAAUUGA